UUCUACCAGAACUGUAUGUGGGUGUGUCCCUUACUGACAAGUGUCGAGAGAUGGGCGGUUUAUGACUUUGAAGGUUUAAAUUCUUUAAAAACGAAGCGAACAGGGACAUUUUAGUCUCAUCACUGGUGGUGGUGAUAAUUUCUUACUAUCUGGACUGAUACUUUUAUAGUUUGUGUAACAAACCUAUGAUGAAUAAAACAGACAGAUUGUCUCACGUUGGAAAUGAAGGCGACAGAAUGAACUCUGAUGCAGCUGUUAACGAUGUAUUGAAGGAGACGCCUAUGGAGCCUCAGAUGGAUCUUCGGACCGCGCUAGAGGAGAGCGAGCGGUCGCUAAACCUCUUCCACAGCAACAAGUUUUCCGAAGCCCUGGCACUUCUGGAACCCAGGGCGAAGACCAGCGUGUACCAUGCCAUGGGCCACAGCAGCAUCCUGCUCUUGCAGGCUGGCAUGACCUUUGACCCCACUGACAUUCAGAAUGCCAUGGCUUCACUGAAGGAGGCGUUGCAAACCUGUCAGAGGUUCAGAAGGAAGUACAGCGUAUUUGAAACGAUAGCCAGCCUGUUCUACACACGAACCGCUGAAAGGCUUUCGGAAGAGGAGAUGCACGCUGAGAUCUGCUACGCCGAGUGCCUGUUGCAUAAAGCCGCCCUCACCUUUUUAGAGGAUGAAACCAUGAUUGGCUUGAUCAAGAGCGGGAUCAAAAUCCGCUCUAGUUAUCAGAUCUUUAAGGAAUGCCUGCUUUCACUAAAUACAGCUCAGAAUCUGUCGGAGCAGAGUGACACCUUCAAACAUUUUCAGGGCGGAGUUAACAUGGGGAUUGGUUCAUUUAAUUUGAUGCUGUCUCUAAUGCCCAACAGGGUUUUGCGACUGCUGGAAUUCAUCGGAUUCUCGGGCAACCGAGAAUUUGGACUGUCCCAGUUAAGAGCAGGUGCUGCCAGCAACAGCUUACGUUCUAUCCUUUGUGUCAUAACCCUCCUUGUGUACUACACCUAUAUCACGGUCAUACUGGGAACUGCUGAUGGGAAUCUGUGUGAGGCUGAGGCUCUGCUAGAGCCCUACAUAGAAAAAUACCCCAAUGGGUCAGUGAUAAUAUUCUAUGUGGCCAGGAUUGCAGUACUCAAAGGAAACUUAGAAGAGGCGCAGUUGAAGUUCCUGGAGUGCACUGGCCUGCAGCAGGAGUGGAGGCAGAUCCACCACCUGUGCUACUGGGAGCUGAUGUGGUGCCACUGCUUCAGACAGGAGUGGCUGGAGGCCUAUCGCUAUGCAGACCUCCUGUGCACAGAGAGCAAGUGGUCCAGGGCAGUCUUCAUGUUCCAGAAAGCGGCCAUUUUGAGCAUGCUGCCCGAGGAGGACGUUGAGAAAACUGGUGAAAACGUGGUGGAGUUGUUCCGGCAGGUGGAUGGCUUGAUGCUGAGGUUGGUUGGAAAGUCGAUCCCGACGGAGAAGUUUGUGGCGAGGAAGGCGAGGAGGUACUCUUCCUCCCCCCCGGUUCCUCUGACGGUGCCGGCGCUGGAAAUGAUGUAUGUGUGGAACGGUUUCUCUAUCGUUGGGAAGAGGGCCGAACUGACCGCAAAUUUACUCACCACCCUCGAGACAGCGGAGCAGCACCUGAGCAAAGCCUCCUGUCCUAGUGAGUACCACUUUGAUGACCAGAACCUGCUACAGAUGCUGAAGGGCCUUUGUCUGAAACACCUGGGCCGCCUCCCACAGGCAGAGCUGUGCUUCACACAGGUGAUAUCCAGUGAGAAGAAGAUAAAUUUUGACCAUUACCUCGUGCCCUUCAGCAUGUAUGAACUGGGUCUGAUUUACAAACUGCAAGGAGACUUUCCUAAGGCCACCAGUGUCCUGGAGAAUGCAAAGCUGAACUACAAGGACUACUCCAUGGAAUCGCGGCUGCACUUCCGCAUUCACGCGGCUCUGGACAGCCUGAAGGACUCCACCUCCACCUGCACGUCUUAAAUGCACCACCUUCUCCUCCCUGUUCCUCCAUCACCACACCUUGAUCUUAACGCACCUUAACAAUACACCAUCUUUACAUUAUACCACAGAUUAAUCUUAACACACCAGUAACAAUACACCAGUUUUACAUUAUACCACACCUUGACCUUAACAAUACACCACCUGCACAGUACAUGUCAUUACAUUUAUUUAGCAGGUGAUCAUAUUCAGAUGAAUUGCCUAGCUGGUCCAUCACCACAUCUACACCAUUUAGAUACUAUAUUGGCUACAUAAUUUAUUUUACUAGCUUCCCUUUCUCUGUAUACUGAAUAUAUUGUUUAUGAUAUGAGAAUGAAUACGGCAUAAAACUAAUAUUUAAGAUUGUAACAACUGAAUUCUGAGUCCCUUUUCUUCAAUUUGUCUUGCAGUCUUUCAUGCAUCCAGCAUUUGUCCUUCACUCAAAAAUAAAUUAAAGUACCAGUGUUCUUCCUUUACAAAGCAGUUGGGAAUCGGUGAACUCACCAAUUUAAUUUGAAACCAUAUUCUUAUAUUGAAAAAGAAA